ACUUGUCCACAGGCCAUGGCUGGUAUUGCACCUUACGCCCAUUCAAGUAAAUAAAGGCGAGCUGCCAUACCGAACAUAACCUGAGAACGAUGGGGUUUUACAUCCCAGACAAUACAUUAUGGCUGUCUGAAUGAGGCCCAGGCUGCAUUGCUGCAGCUGAGGUUUUUAUGAUUGGGGGUGAAGGGGGUGAAGCGCAUGCGCUGUAGUAAAGACUGCUCUGCUAGUUGUGUCUGUGAUUACACUGUUGCCAAGAGGAGCUUCGAACUCUUGCUUCCUUCCUUGCUCGUUAUGUGCAGUUGUGGCGGGGACUGUCACGUGACGCGGGUGCGGCCUCUCAUUGGGCCGGCGGCUGGUGACGUCCCGGGGCGCGGGCUGCAGUGUUGUGGAUACGUGUGUUUGUGAGGUGAUUCUUCGGCGUGGAGCGCACGUGGCGCCUCAGAAGCACACCGUAUCGCUCGCUGCUUGUGGCUGGAGUUAGGCUUCGCACUUAACCCUAUAUGUUCUAGCAGAGUGUGGGACGAGUUGUUAAUGAAUGGACCUCCAUUUCUUUACGAGCGCGGAUUGUGACAGUGCCGAUGGGGGCGCUGCGUUUUCUGGCCGGCAUUUGUUGUCGGCGGGGGAGGAGGCUUCUUCUUCUCUGGACGCUGCGGCGCUUCAGCUUAUGCUUGACAUGUAUGGGCAAAGCAAGUUUCCUGGGGGGAAUGACAGUUACCUGACCAUCACAGGAUCUGGACACCCCUUCUUGACUGGGACAGAGACAUUUCAUACACCAAGCCUAGGGGAUGAGGAAUUUGAGAUCCCACCUAUUUCUCUAGAUUCUGACCCUUCUUUGGCAGUCUCUGAUGUGGUUGGACACUUUGAUGACCUUGAGGAUCCUACUGGAGUCCAAGAUGCAGGAUUUGCGGCACAAUAUGGAGUACAGACUCUGGACAUGCCAGUGGAGAUGACUCACGAGGUUAUGGAGCAAACUGGAGGACUGCUUGGGUCUGGAUUAACCAUGGAUUUGGACCACCCUAUUGUCACCGCGUACAGUGCCAAUCCCCCAGUCACCAUAGAUGUUUCAAUGACCGACAUAUCAUCUGGUCUUCUGGCUCAUAAUCAGCUAACUACUAUUGAUCAGUCCGAGCUGAGCUCCCAGCUAGGCCUGAGCCUUGGCGGUGGUACUAUUUUACCUCCAGUUCAGUCUCCUGAGGAUCAUCUUUCUCCUACCCCUUCUCCAACCAGCUCUCUGCAUGAUGAGGACAUGGAAGACUUUAGAAGGAUAACUGCCCCUAAGAAUAUUGUUGUUGAACAAGCAAAGAAACAGAAAGCCUCCAAAAAACGGAAGAAGAAAAAUCCCAAUGAGCCUCAAAAACCACUUUCUGCAUAUGCUCUGUUUUUCCGGGACACCCAAGCGGCCAUCAAGGGACAAAACCCCAAUGCCACUUUUGGGGAAGUAUCCAAAAUUGUGGCUUCGAUGUGGGAUAGCCUUGGAGAAGAGCAGAAGCAGGUUUACAAACGGAAAACAGAAGCUGCAAAAAAGGAAUAUUUGAAGGCUUUGGCAUUGUACAAGGAAAACCAGAUGUCACAGGUUGUUGUUGAGACCAUGGAACUUGACCCUUCUGCUGCACCGGCUGUACUUACGGAAUCACCAGUUCCAUCCCCUUCUGUUGUGACAGUUUCUAGUGCUCCACCGUGUGCUUCACCGCCACCUGCACCUACUAAUACCCAAGCACCAACUCCACCCCCUGCCCCUACACCACCACCACCCCAGUUAGCUGCCCCUCCUCAGCCCAGCAUUGCUAAAAUAAUCAUUUCAAAGCAAAUGCUGCAGGCAGGACAAAUUCCCACAUCUAUUGCAAUGUCUCAAGGCAUGGUGACCGUAAUCCCGGCCACUGUGGUAACUUCCAGAGGCCUUCCUCUUCAUCAGUUACAGCCCAGCCCACAAGCGCGAAUUACACGUUCUGUACUUCAAGCAUCGAGACAGUUACCCCCACGCUUACAUCCUCCACCGUUACAGCAGAUGCAGCAGCCCCCACGUCUACUUCAGAUGGCCCCGGCACAGCAGCCAUCCAUUGCUAUACUUCAGUCACCCCCACCAUUGCAGCCUAUGCAGAAAGUGCGGCUCAGUAUGCAUCAGCCACCUCCAUUGCAGAUCAAGAUCAUACCCCCUCCUCUACAACCGCAACCACCACAGACUGUUCAAGUCCAAGCAAAAACCAUCCCCAUUAUCAACGUACCCACCUCACCGGAGGUCUCCGUGUCACCGGAACAUUUAGAAGUAGUAACAGAAGUUGUUCAAGAAGAGUCUCCCCCUUCGCAGAUGGAUGUUGAAAUAGUCAGGGGUUCUCCCCCUCACAGCCCAUCUCCCCAGCCACGGUGCAUACGUUCUGGAUGUGAGAAUCCCCCUAUAGAGAGUAAGGAUUGGGAUAAUGAGUACUGCAGCAACGAGUGCGUGGUGAAACAUUGUAGAGACACCUUUACGGCUUGGAUUGCAGCCCGAAAUCAAGGGACACUUGCUCCUGUGAAAUAACACUGGUUUCACCUUGGUAGGAUUAUUAUGUGGGAGCCUGAGGAAAGAUGUUCCAAACUCUGAAGAAUAAUGCCAACCUGAAAAAAACAGCUUUUUUAGUGACUGUUCUGUAUAUAUGAUCUGAGCAAGGCAAGGACUUCAUUGUGCGGAGGAAACUGUGCCAUGGGGCAACUAGACAACAAAACAGAUGGGUCCCUGUGCGUCUUACUCGUUGGAUACAAAUUCAGUUGUCCCCUCUCAGUUCUAUGGAUAUGUACAACUGCCUAAACAUUGUGUUGCCUCUCUGUGAGGAAGCAUGUCAAUUGUUUUAUGACUUCAAGACAUCAGUGCAGGAAUCAUGAGAAGAGGAUGUACCCCACCGAUCUUUAGUGUUGUCUCGCUUUGGUAUAUAAUGCAGUCUCACAGUUUACAAACACCUUAGAGGCAGUUUUUUUUAAUGAUUGCAUUUGACUCAUUUUGGGAUGAUAAUCAUUCUUUUAAUUUGUAUUCGUUAAACCUUUUUAACAGUUUUUGCCCUACAGGGUUAAGUUUCAGGCUGUCUGCAGAGUGUCUUACUUUCAGUUUCACACUGACGGCUGGAUGUGUAGCCCUCGUCUCUGAACUCCUGGCAGCUCAUAAACACUGAACUCCUGACAGGUCCUACACUCUCAUUUAAGCCAUAGCCUUGUCAGUUUGAUAAGAAUUGAGCUAUGAGUGUUUGUUUAUGAGCUGCCAGGAGUUCAGAGAUGAGGGCUACACAUCCGGCCGUCAGUGUGAAACUGAAAGUAAGACACUCUGCAGAUAGGCUGGAACUUAGGGGCAAAAACAGUUGAACAUUUUCAAUAAAGACCAAUUGAAAAAAUAUAUAUAUUUUUAGCCCAAAUUGAGUAAAAUUAAAUUUUAAAAAAACUGUCCCCCAAAGGCGUCCAUAGCCUUUGUAUAGUAUUGAAUGUUUGUUUCCGAUCUUCUGGAGAUGUGGCAUUCUUGUCCUCACGUCUUUAGCCUUCUUACUGCCCGAUUCACAAGAAGCCUAGUGAGCGUCAUACUUUUCUGUUGAUAUGUACAUUGGGGUAUGGGUGAGGGGCUCAGUAUUAUGGAGUGUGGUUUAACGUGAGACUGCAUCAUUUCCACAGGUAGACGUGCUGUGUCACUAGCACAUCCAGCCAUCACGGGAGUGCUGAUGACAAUACUGUGUAAUAAAGGGGCAGGGAGCUUUUCACAUCUCUACAAGGCAGCUUUUAUUACUGAGCUCACACAUCUUUGUAGUGGUCAUGUCCGGUUUUAUAGUGAGAAGAAAAAUGUAUAUUUGUUAAUAGCCUUUGUUAUAGAAUAAUUUUAUAGCUGAAAGUGCUUCAGAAAUGAGAAGCAUACAUGGUUUGUCACCUGUCCUCAUGCACCAUAGGGCCACAGUACUGAGUACACACGUUGCCCUCUAGUGGUGGAAACAGGAAGCACACAGAUGCUUUGCCAGUAUCAAGUAUGUAAGUAUGUAAUUUUUCCAACCAUUACCACCAGUAUAAACAGUUUUUGUAUGCCUUCUGAAUUGACUGGAAGAUGUUCGGUAACCAUGAGAUGUCCCUAUCAUCAAGAAAUAACUUGGUUCAUGCAGUUAUGGACAAUCCGCACACUAAAUACAUUUGUAAAUGACCCCAGUUUGAGUGUUUUGUGUCCAUGCAGAUCUGUGUGUUUCCAUAGUUACAGAUGAGAAACCCUGAUCCUACAGUCAUGUGUCCCUCUAUCUGUAAGCUAAUGCUCAGUCAUUUACAUUCACAGGGGUAAAGAUGGAAGGGCUUAUGAUUGCAGAAUCAGACUAUGCAGGGCUUGUUUGGAGUUUGUAACCAUGGUAACAAAGCUCUACAUAAAAGCUGGGACCCCCCAUCGAUCACAAGAAUGGGGACCCUGUACCCCUUGGAGCGCCCCCUCUCCCUGCUUCAUUCAUCUCUCUGGCAGUUCUGGAGACCACCAUGUACAGUGCUCGCCUAUUUCUGGAACCUGCAUAGAGAUUGAGCGGCAGCUUGCAUUGCUGCUCCGUUUCAGGGGGCUCCGAGGGGUACGGUGUACCUGUUCUUGUGAUUGGUGGGGGUCCCAACAAUCUAACAGUUAUCCUCUAUCCAAAACUGUGUGCAACAUUUGGUAAACGACUGCAACGCAAGGGAAAACUGACUUCAAAAAUUCUCCCUGGUAAAUAUUCAUCUCUUUUUCUCAAUUAACAAGCCAUUUUGGAUUUUGAGAUCUGAUUCCAUACACAAGGCUCUGUGUAGUUGCCUCCUGUCAGUCUGGUUACUACUAUGUUCUAUAUCCUGCCUUGUAGAGAUGGAGAGCUCUUUCUAACACAUGUGAACAUGGGGUAUUAGAGGGACAAACCAGCCAUCCAAUGUUUGGGCUAUAAUAAAUUAUUUUGGAAAACA